AUGGGCUGUCGUCAAAGAACUAUACCGUUUUGCUCCACAUUUGCCUCAUUCUUCAGCCGAGCUUUUGAUCAAAUAAGAAUGGGCGCCAUAUCUCAGGCUAAUAUCAAAUGUGUUGGCUCUCAUUGCGGGGUUUCCAUUGGAGAGGACGGACCCUCACAAAUGGCUUUGGAAGACAUCGCUAUGUUUCGGUCAAUACCUUCUGCGACUGUCUUCUAUCCAUCGGAUGGCGUCUCAAUGGAAAGGGCUGUUGAGUUGAGCGCACAAAAUGUCGGAAUCGACUUUAUUAGAGCCUCGAGACCUAAUUUUCCGGUUAUCUAUCAACCAAACGAAGUCUUUGCCGUUGGAAAGGCUAAAGUAGUUUUGAAGUCAGACUCGGAUAAAGUUCUGCUUAUAGGCGCCGGAGUCACACUCCAUGAGGCUCUCAAAGCCGCACAAGAAUUGAAAGCUAAACAUAAGAUUAAUGUUCGAGUCAUCGAUCCCUUUACUAUUAAACCUAUCGAUAAGGAGACCAUCAUUUCAAAUGCCAAACAAUGCGGCGAUAAAGUGAUUACAAUUGAAGACCACUAUCCAGAAGGAGGUAUAGGAGAAGCCGUGGCAUCAGCUCUCGCCCAGGAAUCCAUCAAAAUUCAAAUGCUGGCCGUCAGAGAGAUUCCCCGAUCGGGUCCUCCGGAAGCACUCAUCGAGAAGUACAGAAUCGGAUCGAAAGCCAUUGUAGAAGAAGUUCUUAAACUUAAGUAAUUGGCGUCUGUUAUCAAAAGUUUUAUUUCAAUAUUAUAUUCUAUGAAAAUGUCUUCAAUUUGUAUCAAUUUGUUUUUUAAAAGUUUAUGUAACUUUUUUUGGUAGAAUUUUUGGUAAUUGUUUUAACAUAAGGGUUAAUUUAAUUUAAAAUAUAAAACUUUACUUCUUUUGUUCUAAAUUUUGAUUUUUAG